AUGCCUACAAACACAAUUAAAACUUAGCAAUAGCAACCUAUAUCUACUCCAUAAACUACUUCCCAAAGAAGAAGGGCAGCUAUGGCACUCGUUCAUUAAUAAAAUUAAAGUCCAAAAGGCUCAGAUCACUAGCAGUCUUCCGGGACACAAAAGUCAACUUCAACCUAAUAAAUCUCGACUACUACACCUCAGAAGUCCUAAUUGACAUUGAGACCAAGGGGCGACAUGAGUAACAACAAAAAUCAAUAGACUAAUAAGAAUCUAGAGUCCUAGAAUCAUGCAUAAGAUAGAGGAUCUUUAGAAAUUUUUUGCGAAAAAUCAACAUUAGUUGAUAAUGAUUCACAUCAGAACUAACACUCUAACAGCAAAUCAAUAGACAAUCAGCAACCUUAGAUUCAUUCACUUCUCUCUACAGAGGCUGUCGCAGCAUUCUAAAAACAACAGUCAAACUUGCCUUAUAGCUUUUCCCCAAUGAGACACAAACAUUCUAUGGGAAUGGACUCAUUUGGAUAGUUUGGAGAAGGUCCAUCAUCAGUUGCAACUUUGCAACCGCAUCCGUUUAACGUAUUAAUCUCCGAUUUUUAGCAACGUCGUUCGAUUAGCAACCUGAAAAAACAAGCUAACAUUAAUGAAUUUUUGACUGCCUUCAAAUCCUAGAUUAAGGAUCUCGACAAUUAAUACUACUAGCAAAAACAAUAAAUCCGAGAACAAAUGGUGAUGGCCAGUAAAUCUGAGAGCUGUUUGCAGCAGUAAUCUUAGGUUUAAUCCAAUGACUAAAUUUUCAAUAAACAAUCAAAUGAGAGUAGCUCUGAUCAUUACUUAAAUCUGCCGAGUUCAAUGCAAAAUUUGGGAAUCCUUGGUUAGUUGGGACUAUGUCCAAACUAGACUCCAACAAAUCAUAUCCCGAUCAUAAAUGAACCCUACGAGUCAUUCGAAUUCGUACCAAAUUCCUUACAAUUCUACUACCCUAAGUAAGUCCAAAGAUAACUGUAAAAAAAGAAAUUCUAAAACACAGAGAGAAUAGUCUCUGGGCUUAAACCUCCCUCAAACAAAGCAAGCUUUUAAAAGAAUCUUGAAAAGAUGCGAGCUUUGACUAAUUGCCAAAUGCAUUUUAUAAGCGUGGUAUUUUAGAAAAUUCAUCGUAAAUCAAAGCCUAUUAAGAAGCAAGAAAAGCUAGUUAGUGAGAACUUAAAGAGAAAGAGAAUUUUCCUUGAAGAAGAGAAUUUCGACAUAAUAAACGUUCUUCAAUCAUCUCAAUCUCAAGCACAGAAAGUUAGUGCAGAUUAGAAUGCAAAGAUCUAGCAAUAGUAGAUUAAUACCUCUAAUAAUAAUAAUAACGGCGGGAUGAGCGGGUUUCCUUUGAUCAUGAAUCAGUAAAACAACCACCACUAACAAUAUUAGUUAAGUGUGCACAACCAGAAUGAGAACUCCUUGAGCAAUCUAAGUGAAUUAGACUCAAGAAAUAACGGGCAACUUGACUCCCAUGUUUAAGGCCAGUAAUAAAUAUCAAUUAAUCAUAACAAUGAGAAUGCUAAUCAAUAAAAAAAUACUAAGUAAAUCCCAUCUAAAACCCCUAUAAAUACUCAUAAAAAUCACAUUGAGACACCUUCUAAAAAACUAGCUUUACAAAAGUCUAGAUCAGUUGGUAUGCCCAACUCUAAUGCUUAAAGCGAUCACUAUAACGCUUAAAACAUAAUAGAUACUCAUCAUAAUGCCCACCAUAAUCCAACUACUAUAAUAAUAGACCCUUCAGUACUUUAGACUCCCUCUAAGAAUAACAAGAAUAAUGGAAACAGCUCUAACACCAAUAAUCAGAGAAAACUGUCUCAGAGCAAGAAAACCAUUUCUUAAAGAAAAAUUAAGCCACUCUAAGGAGUUCCUUAGAAUACUUAUGUACAAGCCUAUGAAAAGGAAAAUGGAAGCUUAUACAUGAAGAUAAUUCUUCCAGAAAAUGCUAACAAUAACAGCAACAGCAUCGAUAAACACACCGAGGAGGAUGACUAAAAUCAAGCAAUGAUAGAUCACUACGAUCAAUAAAUGAUGAAUCAGGAUGAGCUAAUUGAUGCAUAGAUGCAUUAGAAUCAUCAAUAACUCAUUAUUCAGGGCCAUUAAUUGCAUCACUAACACUACCUUUUCGGCUAGCAAGAGGUAGAUGAUGAGCAUACAGUCCCUCACUAAAAAGCUCCCCAGAUUUAAGGAUUUUCCCAAUAUUUGGAAAUUGAGCACUCUCACUCCGAGCCACCUAGGUUUGGAGUUGCUCAUGGAGUUUUGCCAGGCAGAAACCUGGGUGUUGUGAAUGGACAUCAUCAUGUUUAAAGUGAUAUAGUUAUGGGCACUGAUGAUAGAAUUUUCAUGGAUUCCUAUCACCAUAGAAAUCCAUUUAUCAGUUCAAACCCCCCCGGUUCAGCCUCUACUUAAAUCACCUCAGAUUUACAUCACGAUAUUCUUAUCAACAGACUAAAACCUAACUGUGCAAGGAACAUUGAUUACUUUGGUUUCGAUAAUGAUAUGUAAGCUUAAAACUUAUAUAAUCUCGACUCUAGGGACCAAAAUGAGAUGUUCUACGAGUACACUCACAACAGAAUCACAGAUAUAUAAAACUCCUCAGGAGGUUUAAAUCUCAAAGAGCACAAGACUCCUCCUUUCUACAUGGGAUCUUCAUCUCCAGAUCCUCAAAAUCAUCUUAUAGGUGGCUUUGAGCCUCAGAUCUUUAGAGACGAUUUCAUCGCCGGUGAAGGCUUGUCUGAGUGGCACAACCCACUUGUCAAUGACAAUGGUCAUCCUAAUUAAAUUAUUCCACAUCCCUCCCAUGAGGACUCAUAGUUCAAUUACGAUAUGAGAAUGUGA